GAACAAACCACUGAGAUCUUAUUGUGUCUGUCACGUGCAGAAGUUGACAAUCUCAAGGAAGGGGUCAAUUUUUUGCAAAAUAAGAGCACUGGCAAAAGCUACAUCUUAUACAAGAAUAAAAGUCAUCUGAAGGCUUGCAAAAAUCUGUGCAAACAUCAAGGAGGCCUGUUCAUCAAGGAUAUCGAAGACUUAGAUGGAAGGUCUGUUAGAUGCACAAAGCACAACUGGAAGUUAGAUAUGAGCACCAUGAAAUAUAUCAACCCUCCAGGAAGCUUCUGCCAAGAUGAGCUGGUUGUUGAAAUGGAUGAAAACAAUGGACUUGUAUUACUAGAACUGAAUCCUCCUAACCCUUGGGAUUCAGAUCCCAGAACUACUGAAGAUUUGGCUUUUGGAGAAGUGCAGGUAACAUACCUCACUCAUGCCUGCAUGGAUCUCAAACUGGGAGACAAGAAGAUGGUGUUUGACCCUUGGUUAACUGGUCCUGCUUUUGCCAGAGGAUGGUGGCUGCUCCACGAGCCUCCCUCUGACUGGCUGGAGAGGCUAUGCCAAGCUGACCUAAUUUACAUCAGCCACAUACACUCAGACCAUCUGAGCUACCCCACACUGAAGAAGCUUGCCGAGAGAAGACCAGAUAUUCCCAUUUAUGUUGGAAACACGGAAAGACCUGUAUUUUGGAAUCUGACUCAGAGUGGUGUCCUGUUGACAAAUAUUAAUGUUGUGCCAUUUGGAAUAUGGCAGCAGGUGGAUAAGAAUCUUCGAUUCAUGAUCUUGAUGGAUGGUGUUCAUCCGGAGAUGGAUACUUGCAUUAUUGUGGAGUACAAAGGUCAUAAGAUACUCAAUACAGUGGACUGCACUAGACCCAAUGGGGGAAAACUGCCUGUGAAAACGGCUCUUAUGAUGAGUGAUUUUGCUGGAGGAGCAUCUGGUUUUCCAAUGACUUUCAGCGGUGGAAAGUUUUCUGAGGAAUGGAAAGCCCAGUUCAUCAAAACCGAAAGGAAGAAGCUCCUCAACUACAAGGCCCAGCUGGUGAAGGACCUGCAGCCCCGGAUUUAUUGUCCCUUUGCUGGGUAUUUUGUGGAAGCCCAUCCAUCAGACAAGUACAUUAAGGAGACAAACAUCAAAAAUGACCCAAAUGAACUCAAUAACCUUAUCAAAAAAACCUCUGAUGUGAUAACAUGGACUCCGCGACCAGGAGCCACCCUUGAUCUGGGUAGAAUGCUGAAGGACCCCACAGACAGCAAGGGCAUCACAGAGCCUCCAGAAGGAACUAAAAUUUACAAGGAUUCCUGGGACUUUGGCCCAUACUUGAAACUCUUGAAUGCUGCCAUAGAAGAUGAAAUAUUUCUUCACUCAUCCUGGAUAAAAGAAUACUUCACCUGGGCUGGAUUUAAGAAUUACAACCUUGUGGUCAGGAUGAUUGAGACAGAUGAAGACUUCAGCCCUUAUCCUGGAGGAUACGACUAUUUGAUUGACUUUCUAGAUUUAUCUUUCCCAAAGGAAAGACCAAGUCGGGAACAUCCCUAUGAGGAAAUCCGCAGCCGGGUAGAUGUAAUUAGACAUGUGGUGAAGAAUGGUCUACUCUGGGAUUACUUGUAUAUAGGGUUUCAGACCAGAAUCCAGCGGGAUCCUGACAUAUACCAUCAUCUGUUUUGGAACCAUUUUCAAAUAAAACUCCCCCUCACACCACCCAACUGGAGGUCCUUCCUGAUGCACUGUGGGUAG